UUGGUCGCCACAUUGAAUGCCAGAGAGUUCAGAGCAUCACUGUGAAAACCUCCAUAGCUGUUUGACUCUUCGUCGUCUUCUCUCUCUCUCUCUCUCUCUCUCUCUCUCUGAAUGUGGCAAGCUCUCGUGGCGGCGGCGGUCGCCGGAACCACGGGCAUCGUCGCCAAGCACUUCCUCAAGCCCGCCUCAGAUCACGCGCACAGACCCUACAAUGGUGACGACCUCGGAGAUCAGCCGAUCAAUCGCGAGGACGAAUCGCGGUUUCUGAGCGCUUCCGCGUUGGGCUCCGAGCUGGAUUUGCCGCGCGCGAGCGUUCCCGAGGAGGAAGACGAGAUCUUUAGGUUUUCCAGUACUGGUUCUCGAGUUGGUAGGAGGAAUUUGAGCAAGAAUAAGGGUGCUUUGAGGAAGGGAGUUAGGGGUGAGAGAUCUGCUGGUUCGAAGCAGCGGAGUGGCGAAAGGAGGGUUGGCGUUUGCUUGAAGAGGAGGAAGACUAGCAAGAUUGGGGCUGGGAAGCGAGAAUCGUGCUCUUCUAACGAUACUUCCUUAUUUGGGUGGGGACUUGGUGUUGGGAUCAUGUACAUGGUGUCAACCGGGAAAGCUGAAUUCUGUAAGCUUAACGCAGCGAUGAAUGAAACUGCAAAGGUUGUUGACGAGUUGAAAGCAGAGCUACAUAAAAGAAAAUCAUCCCAAAAUCUGCAAGUUUCAGGCUGUGCAAGUGAGGCCAUGUUAACCCGUCAUACAACUAGCUACAAGGAUGAUCACCCAGACCAUAAAACAGGCCCCAAUGACAUAAAAAGUUUCAGUUCUCCUUCGAUGAAUGAUGUGGAAUGUGCAAGUAGUGUUCUUACAGAAGAGCCUGCGCCCGGGAUGCAGGAAAUGGAUCAACUGGAAGCAGAGCUUGAGUUUGAACUGCAACAACUUCCAUGGUGCACCUUAGAUGCUUCUUCUAACCAAGAAGGUUCAAAAGCUUUAAUUGAGACCGAGUUUUCAGCUCAAGCAUUUCCUGAACAAGACAGACAAGAUUCUGAUAUCCAUCAGUUAGGCGGAAAUGGAAUAUUACCAGCAGAACUCGAUCAGAAAUUGUGUCAUUUGCUCAUUGAGCGACAGGAAAACCAAAUAGAAGAGCUGGAAUCUGAGUUGCAUUUGGCCCAACACACACUCAAUGAGAAAGAAGCUUUAGGGAGAGCAAUGAAAGUACUUGUAUUUGAUAGAACAAUGGAGGUACAUUUUUAA